AUGCAUCGAUCUCCAUUACUUCACACUUUUCUCUUCGGGUUAAGUGCUGCAUCUCAAAUUUCGCAGCGCGACAAUAGCUCCGACUAUGAUUCUCAGCUGAAUUUCCGACCCGAGUCAGUUUCUGGCUUAGGGGACAUCUACCAUUGGGUGGGAUCGUACUAUAAUGCCACUGCAUUAGUGGAGUACACCCCAUAUUCUGGUGUCGCUGCAAGUGCAAAUGACACGCCUUACACCUGUCCCAAUAUUCGAGACAAGAAGUACAGCUUUAGCUUUGAUUCUAUUCUUGGUAUUACCGAGACCAGCGAAUACAAUGUGGGCAGUAACCCUGUGAAUCUUUUCUUCAUGGGAUGGCCAGAGGAUACGGCGUUCAACAUCUCUGCUCCUAUCGACGAUAUGGCCGUGAACGAAUGGUCAUUUUUCUCCUCCGAACCAGUAUAUACGUAUAAUUCUACCACCUCCAAGGCACAGACCAACUUCAAUCUCACCCUUCAAGAUACUGAGAAUGCACCAUACAACUUGUCAAGCAAAUUAACCCAAUACUACGGCAGCGAGAGCGGAAUAUCUCUCAAUAUGACAGGUUGCAACUCCAGCGAAACAACCCGAUGGUCAGGCUAUUUAAUAGUUGACUCCAUCAUGAAGAUGGACGGGUAUAACUGGACAUACCCGAACCCGAGCCUUGAUCUUCAAUUUGACAGCAAUAUGGCAAACCUGACAAUUGAAGGUUACUUCGAAGGAACACCAAUUGGGAAUGAGGAUUUCAAUGAAGAUGGUCUCUUUGUCCCAGGAAAUAUCAAAAUAUCCUUUUUGGGUGUAAUCGAUACCUAUCAUUCCGACGUGCUGGUGAAUGAUAGCUCCACGCCAUCUUGGGAAAGGAGUGUUGGGUUUAAUAAUAACUCAGCGAAUAUUGGCUACAAUGGAAUCGACUCGAAGACAAAUGACUCUAAUAAUUUUGCGAGCUCGAGUAAAUUGCCAGUUGUCGCUCUUUCAUUGAUUCUUUCGGUCGCUGCGAUGCUUAUCUAG